UUGAUUAUAAAUUGAUGUUGUCAAAAAUUGAUAUCUUAUGACAGGCACUGAUUUUUUCUUUUACUUUUCUUUUCAGAAAAAAGUAAAUUUUAAAUAUCAAAUUUUGUUGUUAUAUAAUCACAAUUACAAUGGCAAGGGCAUUUGCAGAUUGUUUAGAUAAUGUGGAAUUUUUGCACGCAACAUACCAGUUUGUUGGGUCAAGCGACGAUGAGUUAUCGUUUAACAAAACAGAUGUUAUCAUUCUAACAAAGAAAGAUGAUGGAGGGUGGUGGGAAGGAACACUUGAUGGUAAAAUUGGUUGGUUUCCUUCUAAUUAUGUCCAAGCAAUCCAAGCAGAACCAGUCCCAACACCAGAGGAAUUACCCAAGGAUAUAGGAACUGAAGAAUCAGGUACAUAUCAUAGCCAGGUUGUCGAAAAUAUCAUUCAAACACAACAGAAACAUUUAGAAGAGUUGAAGGGCUUUCUAGAAAAAUAUUUAUUAUCAGUAAAAAAGUGCGAUGUAUUAUCUGAGCAAGACGGCAAUGUUUUAUGUGGUAAUUAUGAAGAUAUUGUUAAAUUUCAUGUUUUACUUGGCAAACAACUAGAAGCUGAAGCAAAAAAACCUAUACCUGAACAAAGAUUUGGGAUGUGUGUACUAGGAUUAGUAAACCAAAUGAAAAAGUUAUACCUGGACUAUUGUUCAAAUCACCCGCAAGCUGCAAGUCUUAUUGGAAAUCACAGUGCUGCGCUGUCUGAAUAUAUGGAAAACCUGGGUGCUCCAAGUCCUGGUAUAAUGACAUUAACGUCAUUUCUUUCAAAGCCUUUUCUACAUGUGGAAAAAUAUGGAAACCAAAUAAAAGAAUUAGAAAAGCAUGUACAGGAAGAUCACAUUGACAAUCUUGAUAUGAAGAAAGCCACCCAAGUACUACAAAUCAUUGCUCUAAGUUGUAAUGAAGUACGUAAAAAGAAAGAAAUGGAAUUAGAAAUGCUAACAGGAAAAAUUGACAAAUGGGAAGGAGAGCCAAUUUCAACAUUGGGAAGUUUGGUACACAUGGGCCAAGUUUUUGUUGAAAAAGAGGAAGUCAGUCGGAGAGAACGAUAUUUUUGUUUAUUUCCUAAUGAUCUUGUUUCUCUUUCCGUCAGUGCAGAGCUUGUUGGAUACUGUUUCGAGGAGAGGGAAUCUAUUAAUAAUAUAUCUGCAAAAAAUAUUGAAGAUACAGAUGAAUUCUUUAAUGGCUUCCAUCUAACAGUAUUGGACAAACUGUGGCGGGUAAUGACAAGCUCACCCCGGGAAAAAGAUUCGUGGAUGGAAGCAUUGAAAGAAGUACUUGGUGAUAGGUGUAAGCUGGAUUUAGAAAUUGAGAGAAAACCAUCCACAUCUAAUUUGGAACGCAGUGAUAGUAAGCGAUCAGAAGUGAAGUCUUUACCUAUGCUGGAUGUUGCAGCAGGUGACAGUGCAUUUCACAGAAGCUAUAGCGCAGGAGCUUCAAUUGGACAAAAUAAAUCAGAUGCUGCAAGAAGUGCAGGCUCAUCUCCUGUUCCCAGUCAAGACACUCACAGCAAGGCGACUACAUUGUCCGCUGUGAGAGGUUCAGUACGACAACCUGUUCGCAAAGAAUGGAGCUUCACAAGAUUGCGCCCGACACCGCCCUAUCAACAAAAUUCCCAAUCGAAACCUGGCGAAGAUUACUCUGUUAGUCCACGAGCAAUGAGAAGAAUUGUUUCGACGAAGAAUAAAAUGGUUGGGGGCCGCGGAUCAAAAGAUGAUUUGUUAGAAUCGCAUCAGAGAAAACAGUCAUCACCAUCAUUGUCAUCAACGACAACAAAUGGAGGUCCACAGAUACUAGGAGAGGACAUGAUGAUAUUAAGUGUCAUCGAAGCAUAUUGCUUCAGUGCAAGACAACGACAAACUAUGAAUUGCGGCAGUCCAGAUAGUCCAUAUCUCCCGCCCGAUGUUCCGCCACACUUUAGUUUCAAGCCUAUCACGCCACCCAGAGUAAAUGCUGGAAAACCUAAAAAAUCAAAGAAGUUUCAGAAAAAACCAAAGGACGAAUCACCCGAAAUGGAUAGUCUGAAACAACAAGUACAGAAUCUUCACAAGCAAACGUUAUAUCUUCGCGAAAACCUGGAAGAGGAACGUAAAUCGCGAGAAAAUUUCGAGAAAUUCCUCAAGCGAGUUUUAUCCCGUGUCGCGCCUGACAUUGAUUGGACGGACGAUAAGCUACCUCAAAAGUCGACGCCGUUAUAGCCGUGCUUUGUAUAAGUAUAUUCUGCAGAAUAUUAAGGUAGUUUAAAUAAAUGCAAUAUAGACAGCGUUCCUGCCACUAUUAAUUCAACAUGCGACGAGUCACUCGCGUACAUGAACAGGUUAUGAAAACCACAUAAUAUUAUCGCUUCUAUCGCGAUGUCGUGUUAAAUGGUAUAUUCCCUCUACAAAUAUUAUUUUUAAGAAUUUACUGUAUACCUUAAUGUGUCUAGUAUUACUUUCCUUAGAGUUAAUGCUCAAAUAACUGACUCGCUUGUCCCAAACUUUUGUAUUAUAUUUCUAUUUAGGUUUGUCUCUAUUAUCUUUUCUUGUUGUUUAUUUGUUUUUGAUAAAGUUUAUAUAAUUUAUAGAUAUCAUUUUUUUAUAUUUUAAUGAUACAACAGUGAAAAAUCUUUAUUUUACUUCAAAUUUUUAAUUUGCGUACAACAAUAUUACAAUUUUCAGAUUUCCAUGUAGCACGAAAAAUUGGAUGACUUUCGAGACUCUUUCUUCGCAAUAUUGCUCAAAUAUUUCCCCGAGGGGAAGGGUCCGCAAUUUAUGUCAAAUUUGCUGUCACUCCCAUAAUUGACAGCAUGACAGGUGCUGUCCAUGGCGUGACCAUUCUGCUAUAUCUAUUAUGCUUUUUUUUAUUUUUAGACCAGAUAUUUGUUGAUAAGAAUUUUUAGUACGCAUGCUCAGUAAAAUCAACCAAUGAGGAAACGCAGCGUUGUUGCUGUUGUAAUAAUUUAUGUUUUAUUAUUUGUAAAGAUUCGCUCAAUAAAAAAAAUUGUUCAAUAAUAUACAUAAUUUCGAA